AUGAAACGGUGCGAGACACAAUAUCCAUUUGUUGUGAUGGUCACACCCACAGUCGAUACAAAUACGCGGCAAGUACUUCAGCAAAUGGGAUGUAUCGUACGUGAUGUGGACGUGUGGCAUGUAGACCGUCCUCACGAGAUCAUGGCGACGGAGCGAUUCAUACACGUGUGGACGAAGCUACGUGCAUUCGAGCUCUAUGAAUAUGACCGAGUGAUUAUGAUUGACUCCGACAUGCUCAUGUGCCAGCAGAUGGACGAGCUAUUUGAACUAGAACUACCGCCCGACACUAUAGCGAGCGGCUUGGCGUGUACUUGCAACCCAAAUGCGAUACCCACAUACCCCCCGGAUUGGACACCAGAGAACUGUGGCUAUGCGCUUCGACCACAUCCACCGCCAAGAUCUGUGAGGAAACGAUCAACCCACCAUCUCAUGAAUAGUGGAACGGUGGUGCUGCGUCCAAGCAUGAGACACUCUGAAGCCAUUCACGGAUUUAUGCGAGAGCACGCCGAGCGUAUCGCGCAGUACCGAUUCCCUGAUCAAGAUCUACUCGCGGACAUGUAUCGUGAACAUUGGGUUGUUCUUCCGUGGUACUAUAACGCACUCAAGACACUUCGUAGAUGUCAUCGCGACCUUUGGAACGAUCGACACGUACGCAUGAUCCACUAUAUUCUCGAUAAACCGUGGCAGACUGGCCCACAGAGCGCGGCUCGAGAUGACCCUGACGCGCACCUCCAUUCGACAUGGUGGAGCACGUAUCGGUCCUUAGCUGCUGAUCCCACGCGCGUCGGACUGACGCGUGAGAGAUGGACGUGCGAUAUAGCUGUCCAUGUGAAUGACAGCACACCCUCUAGGAACGUGGUUGCAGACAAGGCCAGAACAUUGGAAGAAAACAACAUGGCAUUCAUGGGUAUACAGAUGAAGUAG